CCCACGCGUUCCCACAGUGCUCCGCGAGAGCUGCUAUGGAGGCCGGCAGGACAGCCGUACUCCGCGUGAAGCGGAAGCGCAGCGCGGAACCAGCUGAGGCUCUAGUCCUCGCUUGUAAACGGCCCCGGAGCGACGCAGUCGAGUCAGAGGCCCAAAAGACGCCCCCCGAGGGCCUGGAGACAGCGGCAGAGAAUAAUGUCUUCCAGUUGGUGGCCACCGUACGCUCCCAGGAGGAUCCGGUCCAGCCGCUCUUGCGAGCGGCCCUGCGCCCGUCCCGGGACAGCCAGCGGCGCAUCCGCCGCGACCUCCGCUCCUCGCUUCGGGAGAUCCGGCAAGAGGGCCGCUACAGGGUGGUCUCUAGCCGCCGAUCCUCGAACAUUCCCUCGGAUGGCCUGGAGUCCGAGGACUUGCGGGGAAACCCAGAAGCCGACGACGGCGCAGGCUUCCAGCUGUUGGAACUGAUCCACGAAGAAGGAGACCCAGAGACCGCUGCUGCCGUCUCCUGCAAAGCAUCUGACCCAGAUGUGAUCCUCUGCAAUUCUGUAGAGUUGAUCCGGGAACGGCUGACUGUGUCUGAGGACGGACCAGGCGUCAGGCACGGGAAGGAACAGAAGGAUGACUACGUGUAUGACAUUUACUACCUGGAGAUGGCCACUCCAGGGUGGAUUGAGAAUAUCCUCUCCGUGCAGCCCUACAGCCAGGAGUGGGAGCUGGUGAAUGACGACCAAGAACCAGAGGACAUUUAUGAAGAUGAAGAUGAUGAGAACAGUGAGAAUAAUUGGCGCAACGAGUACCCAGAGGAGGAAAGCAGUGACGGAGAUGCAGGUUCCAGAGGCUCCGAUGAAUACAACAGCUUCAGUGACGAGGAAGGAGGCAGCAGCAGGCCACACAUGUGGAACAAAUACCCUUUGGAUGUGCAGAAGGAGUUUGGCUACGACAGCCCCCAUGACCUGGAUUCGGACUGAGGGUCCUGUGACAUCCGUGAGGUUCUACACGGGCCCCUGAGGGCUCCGACUGCAGCGUCGGCCGCCCUGGUAAUGGGUUUCCCGGGGGAACACGUGGAAGGAAAAGCGUGUCCAGCAGCAUCAUAUCCUACCAGUGAAAGCGUGUCCUGAAGGAGAGUGUCUUUUCUACUCAUAGUAGGGCCCCUUUGCCUCAAUCAUAACUGACCCUACAGUCGGGGGACAAAAGAAAAGGCCACAAAAAUGAAGCUUCCUGGCCCAGGCAUUUCCUGCCCUCCCCCUACACUGAAGCCAGUAAGUGGAGGAGAAGCUCCUGUUUUGUCAGAACCGAGGUCCAGCUUUCCCAUACCCCCAGGCCACGUGCCUGCAGUACACACCCGUCUGUUGGAGGGAGGGAAUCUGGGAGGACUACAGAGGGUCCUGGUCGCAGCACAGACUGGGUGGAUGGUAAUGGCCGUUAGGAAAGGGAGUGGGACCUGUCUGAGGUGCGAGGGGUUUUAGUUGCGGUUGUCUCCAUGUCCCUGCUUCCUGUGCCGUGACUGUAAGGACUGCUGUCUGUCUGUCUGCAGCGGCAGUGCUGGGGGACAGGGUGUGUGUGAAUGUGAUACUUUGCAUCUAAUAAAAACUUUCAAUAUG